CCCUUUAUGUAAUCAAAUUACGGGGUCAGUUUGAGCAACCAUAUGCUUUAAAGUCGAACAAAAUUGUGGAGACGUCCUCCUUUCACUCCACGACCACAGAAGGCGAACCAUCUACUUUUGUGCAGUAAACAGAUUGUGUUGAAAAGACCAGAAUGGCUCAGCAACCGCUUCUGUCGCUGCCCGAGUUUCAGAGUGUUUCCACGGGUACUUUGGUGGUGAAGGAGCCGCUGAAUUUCUGGGGAGGAGCGAGAGUGAAGCCGAAGGACACAAAGAACUCUGAACCAGUAUACGAACCUGCAACUGCUGACCAAGAGUGCAGAGAUGAAAUUGCGAGAGCAGAAGUGGCCAACAAUGGCAAAUCAAUCACUGAGGCUCAGGUGGAUAUUGACGUUGCUUGGCAGUGUAUUGAGUACUAUGCUGGCAUUGCCCCCACUUUGUCAGGCCAGCAUAUACAGCUUCCAGGAGGAUCUUUUGCUUAUACCAGAAGGGAGCCACUGGGAGUGUGUGUUGGCAUUGGAGCUUGGAACUACCCAUUCCAGAUAGCUGCCUGGAAGUCAGCCCCAGCUAUGGCCUGUGGAAAUGCCAUGGUGUUUAAACCAUCUCCCAUGACCCCAGUGACAGCAGUCAUGUUGGCAGAGAUCUACAAAGAGGCCGGUGUCCCAGAUGGACUCUUUAACGUCGUACAAGGAGGAGCCGAGACUGGAGGAUUGCUGUGCCACCAUCCCAUGGUGGCCAAAGUGUCCUUCACUGGCAGUGUUCCCACUGGAAAGAAGGUUAUGGAAAUGGCAGCCAAAGGUGUGAAGCAGGUGACUUUGGAGCUUGGAGGAAAGUCACCACUGAUCAUCUUUAAGGACUGUGAACUGGAGAAUGCGAUAAAAGGGGCCCUCAUGGCCAACUUCCUCACGCAGGGAGAGGUGUGUUUAAAAAAAUAUUUAAUUUCUUCUCCUGUGCUGUGUUUUUACAGGGAUAUAGCCCGUGCCCACAGAGUUGCUGCAAACCUUCAAGCAGGAACGUGCUACAUCAACAACUACAAUGUUGGCCCUGUGGAAGUUCCUUUUGGAGGCUACAAGAUGUCAGGGUUUGGAAGGGAGAAUGGACAAGUGACCAUCGAGUACUACUCUCAGCUCAAGACUGUUGUGGUGGAAAUGGGAGAUGUGGAAAGCAUCUUUUAGGCUUUUGUGGCGUUAACCACCAGCAUUCCUGAUAGCAAUGUGAUUUCCAAAGUUCUCAGAUCUAUAGCUCUAUCUAUGAAGUUUGCAGUGUAACAUAUUAAAAUACAUUUUAUAACUAACCUUUACUUUAAAUAGCCAAAAGCUACACCGUUGUUGCUUUGACAGUCUAUAUGUCUGUCUCAGACUUCCAGAUUAUCCAGAUUGGUAUGAUAUUACCAAAAUGUAAGAACACUAGAAAAGGCUUCACUGUUUCAGUUCUGUGAAACAGAAUUUUCAUAAUUUUCAAAAUGCUAAUAGUUCAAAAUGCUCAUUAAAAACAAAGUGCCUUCUAAUGUUUCUACUACAGUUUUAUUUCACAAAUUUAUUAUAGUCGCCUGGUGUUAAGACUUGUUUGUUUUUCGUCACUUUGUCCCUACCUCUCGACGCCAUGAAGAAUUGGUAUUAGACUGGUGGUUGACAAGUUUGUAAUAUUUAAAAUAAAAUGACCUUGGAUAUCAAGAGC